AUGUAUUCAACCGGCACAACCUCAAAUGGCAAAAUCUUUGCUAAAGAUAAGAAAUUCUGGAACAACUACCUCAAAGGCAGACCCCGUGCUCCUGAUGUCUUCUUCGAUCGUAUAUUCAAAUAUCACAAAGCACAAGGUGGUGAAUUCGGGACAGCUCACGAUGUGGGUGCUGGAAAUGCCCCUUACGCCAACAAAUUACGGUUCAAAUUUUCUCACGUUAUCGUCUCGGAUAUUGUUGCUGAGAACAUUGAACUCGCUCAAGAUCGCCUCGGAACUGAUGAAUACAGUUACCGAGUAGCAAAAGUGGAGAAAGCUGAAGAUAUACCAGCAGGCAGCGUGGAUUUAGUCUUUGCAACGAAUGUGAUGCAUUUCGUGGACCAGAAGAAAGCUAUGGGUGCUAUUUCGAAGCAGCUGAAGUCUGGCGGAACCUUCAUCUGCAGUGUAUUUGGACCUGCUCGCUUCGAAAAUCCCGCACUACAAAAUCUAUGGGCACGUAUCAGUCAUGAGGGAGGUCGUGUGCUUUUAAAAAAUGCAGAUCAACCUGAUCAGACCAUCAGUAUCAUGGCAAGAACUCAGGGCAGCUACAACGUAGCGCCUCUAGACCCCGAGCUCUUUCAACUAGGUGCGACGCGUGUGCACUUGAACAUGAGUAAAGGCGGAAUUAUUGAGCUCUUGCCUCCAGAAGAGGCCUACAGAAACAAGGAGCCCAAUUACACAGGGCUAGAUGAUGUCGAAACAUUUGAAGACGAGGAGGGAUGGGAUUUUGAAACAGACUUGGAAGGCGUUAGAGAGCAUAUUGGCUCGUUUCCAUUCAUCGAAGCAGAUCCUGCAGCCUUUACAAAUCUGUUCAAGGAACUAGAGGAGCUCGUCGGAGACAAGAAAGUUCAAGGAUAUUGGCCGGCGAAAGUCAUUUUAGCCACUAGGCUUUAG